AUGAUGUGCUGUUUAUUUAUAACUCCACUCCCAAAGGAAAUAGAGACAGCGCGUACAGUGGGGCUUAAAGCUGCAGUGUAAAAAUAAAUCAGGAUCCUCUGUAAUGAUCUCGUGUGUUUGUAUGCUAAUGGAGGCGCUCGGCCUGAGUUGAUUAGAUUAGAUUACAACAGGGCGCGCGACUUUGAAACUUGUUUUCCUAGUAGAAGCGAAGAUUGGCCUGGCCGGUGACGUCAUUUAGCGUCGUUAUCUGGUUGGUGGAGUCUCGGCUCGCGCUCAGCUCAGUCAGUCUCACUCGUGUGUUGCCGUUAGUGAGCGCAGGUCAGGAGGAGCUGCGGAGGAGAGGAGGUGUGUCGCGUCUCAGGAGUUACUUAGAGCAAGUUUUUUAGCGGUUACAGUGAUGCCGUAAAUCUUGUUUUUUUAAAAGUCAGAAAAAAAACGAACCCGAAACAAGUCAAGUGUUGUCUGCCUGCGCUGUCACCACUAUAAAGUCGCGUUAAGUGCGGCGGUACUCCACAUCAAACGCGCUUCGCGAAUGUCUCCGUUUCACGCGAACCAGUAAAACCAGCUCGGCUGAAGAGUUUCGCAGUUGGAGCGCUCGGCCAUGGCAGGAGGAAGCAGUUCAACCAUGAAGACUCUAGAGGAGCUGACUCUGGACUCGGGAUAUGGAGCCGGGGACUCGUGCAAAUCCCUCAGCCUGUCCUCGUGCAGGUCCACCUCUCAGGCGCUCGCGAGCGUACCGCACCGCGGGAACUGGUGGUACUUCUCUGGCUCCAUGAACAGCCGGAACAACAGCUGGGACACGGUGAACACGGCACUGAACGAGGACCCGGAGGACAUCUUCUCCAAGUGCCCGCGCCUGCCCGAGCUCGAGGAGUUCCCGUGGAGCGAGGAGGACGUGGGGAAGGUGCUGCGCGGCGUGUGCAGGGAGAGCGCGGUGUUCUCGGGAGACGCCGUGCGCAGGCUGUCGGUGCUGAUGCGCCGCGCGCUCGUCCGCAUCGCGCGCGAGGCGCAGCGCCUCAGCGUCAUGCACUGUCGCUGCACGCGCUUCGAGGUGCAGAGCGCGAUCCGGCUGGUGCUGAGCUGGGCGCUGGCGGAGCACUGCGUGGCGGCGACGGUCAGGGCCAUCUCCAUGUACGACAUGAGCACCGGAGAGCUGCUGCGCAAGGGCAAGUCGGCGCGCUGCGGCCUCACGCUGUCCGUGGGCCGCUUCUUCCGCUGGAUGGUGGACACGCGCGUCUCGGUGCGCGUGCACGAGUACGCGGCGAUCGGCCUGAGCGCGUGCAUCGAGGCGCUCCUGGAGGAGGUAGGCGCGCGCGUGUUGGUGGCCGAGCGGCAGCACGGUGCGUGCACGGACCCCGCGGCCACGGGGACGCGCAUCACUGCCGAGGCGCUGGACGGAGCUGUUAACAAUGACGCCGAACUCUGGGGGGUCCUGCAACCCUACGAGCAUCUGAUAUGCGGGAAAAACGCCAACGGUGUGCUGUCUCUGCCGGCUUAUUUCAGCCCCUACACUGAGGGCCAGCAGGGUGGAGUGGAGAGCAGAGAGGACGCUUAUGCCCAGCUCGAGCUGCGCACCCUGGAGCAGUCUUUACUGGCCACCUGUGUAGGCAGCAUAUCUGAACUGAGUGACCUGGUGUCACGGGCCAUGCACCACAUGCAGCGCCUGGGCUCGGUACGGGUCGGAGUCAGUCCGGCUCGCCAUGUCCGCCAACAGCCCGUCUCCUGGUCUCCAGACGCCUUGCACACACUCUACUACUUCCUGCGCUGCCCUCAGAUGGAGUCCAUGGAGAAUCCCAACCUGGAGCCACCCCGAAUGGCCCUGAGCAAGGAGAGACCCUUCCUUCUGCUGCCGCCCCUGAUGGAGUGGAUGCGCGUGGCCAUCGUCCAUGCAGAGCACCGCCGCAGCCAGUUAGUGGACAGCGAUGACGUGAGACAGACAGCGCGCCAGCUACUCCCAGGACUGGACUGUGAACCCCGACUGCUGAAGCCAGAGUGCUGUUUCAGUUCCUUCAAACGGCUGGAUGCCAAAGCCGCCACUGAUAAGUUCCAGCUGGAUCUGGGCUUCCGCAUGCUCAACUGUGGCCGCACAGAUCUAAUAGGCCAGGCCAUCGAGCUGCUGGGGCCAGACGGAGUCAACAGCAUGGACGAUCAGGGCAUGACCCCACUCAUGUACGCCUGCGCUGCUGGAGAUGAGGCUCUGGUCCAGAUGCUGAUCGACGCCGGGGCUAAUCCGGACCUAGCGGUGCCUGCGUGCUCUCCUAAACACCCCUCCGUCCACCCAGACAGUCGCCACUGGGCAGCGCUCACGUUCGCUGUGCUGCACGGACACAUCUCUGUGGUGGAGCUCCUCCUGGACGCCGGGGCCAAUGUGGAGGGAGCCGCGGUGCGUAACGGGCAGGAGAACUGUGCAGACACACCGCUCCAGCUGGCAUCAGCAGCAGGGAAUUAUGAGAUGGUGAGUUUAUUGUUGGCGCGGGGGGCCGACCCCUUGCAGAGGGCCCGGGAGGGAAACACACUAACAUCAUCGCUUUAUGAGGACAUGAACUGCUUUAGUCACGCUGCUGCACAUGGCCACAGGAACGUCCUGAGGAAGCUGCUGUCUCAGCCACAGCAGGUGAAGGACGACGUCCUCUCUCUGGAGGAGAUCUUGGCAGAGGGGGUGGUGGGGGCGGUGGAAGAGGCGCCGCCCUCCGAGGGAGGACAGCCCCGUCUCUGUAAGGCCCGCAUGAAGGCCCUGCAGGAGGCGUCAUUCUACAGCGCCGAACAUGGCUACUUGGACGUCACCAUGGAGCUGCAUUCUCUAGGAGUUCCCUGGAAACUGCAUGUGUGGCUGGAGUCUCUGCGCAGUGCCCAGCUACAGUCCCGAGCCCCGGUCACACUGUCUCUGCUCCGAGAUUUUACUUCCAUCAAGGAGGACGAGUAUGGAGAAGAGCUGCUCUCUGUUGGCGUGCCUCUUAUGUUCAACAUCCUCAAGAGCUGCAAGAAUGAAUCUAUAAUGCAGCAGAUAGGCUCCAUCUUCAGUCACUGCUUCGGAUCUGCCCCUCUUCCUGUCAUUUCCGAGAAGAAGACCACCCUUUCAGCACAGCUCGAUCCCCACUUCCUGAAUAACCAGGAAAUGUCAGAUGUGACGUUUGUGGUGGAGGGGAAACCCUUUUACGCUCACAGGGUCUUGCUGAUCACAGCAUCCGAAAGGUUUAAGUCUCUUCUGGGCUCCAGUAGCACCGAGGGCUCCCAGCACUGCAAGCAGAUCGAGAUCAGUGAAGUGAAGUACAACAUUUUUCAGGUGAUGAUGUCAUACUUGUACUCGGGUGGAUCAGAGACUCUGAAUCUCACUGUGCCUGAGCUGCUGGAGCUGCUGUCAGUGGCGACAUUGUUCCAGCUCGGAGGAUUACAGCGCCACUGUGAGCUGCUUUGUGCUCAGAACAUCAACCUGGAUAAUGCAGUCAGUGUGUACAACACAGCCAAGGCCCAUGGAGCAGCAGAGCUGAGUUUGUACUGUGAAGGAUACUUCCUGAAGACCAUGGGAGCUCUGCUGGAAAGAGACAGUUUCCGUGGGCUGAUCUCCAGCUCUCGCUCGGCUUCAGGGAAAGAGUCGCUCCUGGACGAACUGGAGGCCAUGUUAAUACAUACGAUGCACACGAUGCAUAACAAAUUUCAUGUGUGAAAGGACUAAGGACAGAACAGCAAUGAAGAAUUGAAGCACAGAUCACGAACAGAACCAAAGAAGGACACAAUGAAGAGUGAUCACUGAGGGGAAAAAAGGCAGAACGAGGAGCAGAGAAACACUGAGGCUGAAUGUGAAGAGUGAUGAAGUGGAACAAUGUGGACUUUGGGAGCUUGGACAAUGUGAGACUGUACCGUGUACAAAUGUGUAAAAUAUGUAAUUACUACAUACUGAAUGCAGUGGCAUUCUUGUAGUUAAAAAAAAUCCAAAGCUUUUUAGGAACCCCACAGUGGCUAGACAUUUUCCCUUUAUCCGUUCAGAGCUGUUAGUUUUGUCUGCUAGUCUGCGUGGUAGGACUUGUACUGGGCCAAACAGUGUCGGAGAAGUAGAGUUUAUAAUAAGCUAAAUUACAGCAGGUGGAACUUGUAUUGGAUAAAAAAAGAGCGGACCUUUUCUAUUUAAAAAUGUGAGAUUAUUUAAGUUGCCUUUUUAUUGUUCUCAAUGCCAAACAAAUAAAAUAAUAUAAAACCAAAUGUUAUUUUUUAAACUUGUAAAAUGAAUUAAGUGCUCACUCACAGAAAAAUAUUUUACUUGUACAAAGACUAUAAGACAGACAACGGGCUCAUGUGCUCUGCUUCUCUUUUGUGUACAAUGUUACAACAUUAAUUAGUUCAAUUAACCUGUUGUUAUAAAGAGUUCUCAAUAUUAAUAUCACAGAAGUGUUUUUUUUAUUUCAGUU